AAGACAACCAAUAUUACCAAAAGUAUAUAUCACAUCUUUUUGAUAAAUGCCUAACUCGGAGGUGUUUCGCGAGGGUCGGGGAAGAAGCCCAUCGGCACAUAGUAGUGCCAGACAGGAGCGGCGCAGUAACGUUAAACCUGGAAGUGGUGCUACUCCGCACCGAGAGAAACACCGGGAGAAGAGGCGGACGUCCUCAUCUAUCCGAAAGAAACACAGUCACGCUAGGGAGAAAGGAUCAUGGCAUACGCCAGAUGAACCAGACAGUGAACGGAGAGGCACUCUUGAAAGAGAAGGUGAACUUCGGACUUUAGUGGAAUAUGACGACGUGAGUUCCCAAUCAGAACGGUUUUCUGGGAGCCCUUCGCCGAAACCAGAACCGCAUGCUACUAUUUUGGUCGACCGACUUAGCGAAGUUGAGUUUACAGACAUGAACGGACCGACAUCCCCAGAGAGAAGGUCUCGAAGAGACAGGGCUAUAUUGCAUCUCAGGAAGGAUGAACAAAUCAGUGGUUCAUCCGAGAGGAAUAGACAAGAGAAGGACCCGAAAAGAAAGGAACGCCAGAGCCGUGAGAGGGACACUUCGAAAUCUCGUGGAAGUAGCCAGAGCGCCACCAAAAACAACCGAGACGGUGCGAGAAGCAGUGACAGUAACGGCAAGAAGACGUCUACAACCUUGGCCCCCAUGACUUUGGAUAAAAGGGAGUCUAAACGGCACAAAAGUAAGACACGUUCUGAAAAAGAGCCCCCGUCUGCAUACAGGGAUGCACCACAAUCAUACCGAGAUGACCGUGAAGAACUCAGGGCCUACAGAAGAAGUCCUGGUUUCAAGGCAGACAGCCCACAUGGGAAAUCUUAUUCCUAUGGAUACCAUUCUCCUAGUGGUAGUUAUAAUAACCAGUUUAUAUCUAGAAGAAGUCCCAGUUAUGGGAACAAAAGGCUGUCCCCAAGUUCGACAUACUUUAGCCGAGAUUCUGAGGUCUAUGGUGCCUACAACAUUUCAAAGUCGCCCAGUUCAUACUCAAGCAACAAAAGAAAGCGGUCUCCAACGAGCCCAUUCAACUGGCGCAGGUCUCCAAGUUAUGGCCGACAUAGUCCAUUCGAACAGGGAGAACUUGCUUCAAGUCCCUACGGUACCCGUCGGCGAUCACGAAGUCCAUACCGAAAGUCACUGAGCCCAAGUCCAGACGUAAGGUAAGCAAUUGAUCAGAGGGUACUGUACCCGUAUUUUUGACUGUAUACGUCAAAGAUAACAUGCCAGUCUGGUAUAAUUCCAGGUGUCAAUCCUCUAAUUAUCACUGUAUGAUUUGGACCAGUGCUCUAGCUGCUCUUGCGAUCAUGUUCAAUAUUUUGUAUUAUGCCAAUGGAAUACUUUGUUUACAUUAGGAGUAUACUGCCUCAUUAUGGAAAUAUGACCACACACAAGGCCUUAGUUUGAAAGGGAGACCAACUCCUUUUCAAAAUGCAAGAUAGCAGAAUGCUCACAACCGAUGGCUUAUGAAGUGAUAAGUAAACUUCACAUGUGAAAGAAUGGAAACGUGACAUUAGUUGGCUAAAGUUAUGCAACACAAGCUUGAAGGGAUUAAAUGGGAAUGGUUAAAAAGUUAAUAUUUUUUAAUCAGCCAUUUUAAACCUUUGAAAUUAGGCUACACAUUGGACUAGCACCCUCCCACACAGGUGUACAGGCUGCUGAAGUCUGACAAAUUAAUGAAUAGGUUCAUGUGACUGGCUGAAAGUGAAUGAUUAAUAGUCUACCAUAUGUUACCCUCCACAUUAUUAAAUCUCUUGGGGAUGAAUGUAUAAUAUAUUUUUUUAGAGAACUUAAAACUUUAAUAGUACUGAGAGACAUUGUACUUUUGAUGGCAGAAUCUGGAUCACCCAAGAGAGCAAAGCUUUGUGAAACUAAUUUAGUACAACUGUUUUACUAGAUUGUGAUUCAGAUUGUAAUGAUGCCUUAAAUGCCACUGAAAGUGUUAUUUUCCAUUACAGUAGUCUGCUAAAAUAGCACUUGUUAGACAAGAUGCACCUUUAAAGAGCCACUGAUCAUGCCAAUUGGCACUUGUUUUUCUGUUGCUCAUUAGAAAAAUGAGACUUCAUUCUUGGAGGUGCAUAGAUGUUCCAAACUCUUUUUUGUUGUUGUUGAGGAGACUGACAUUAUGACCAAAAUGAUCCUAUUUACACUUUGUAGUCAAUUUUGACACUAGAAUAACUGUUUCUGACUUGUUUUCAAAGGGAUUUGUUGCUUUUUAAAGGCAGUUGCUCUUUAAUGGGAACUUUUCCCCUAUGAAAGAUUCAUCAUGUCUCUCCUUUCUCCAGGCGAUCUGGCAAGUCUCGAAGCAGGAGCCCGUAUUCCUCCUCAAGGCACUCACGCUCACGCAGCCGCCACCGCCACUCUCGCUCCCGCAGCCGGCCCUCCAGCCUCUCCCCCAGCACACUGACCUUCAAGAGCAGCCUGGCGGCCGAGCUCAGCAAGCAGAAGAAGGCCAAAGCUGCCGAGGCAGCCGCCCGGGCCAAGAGCUCCAGUAACGCCUCAACUCCCACCAAGGUUCCCUCUGCAGGCUCCCACCAACCCAGCCCCAAGACCAACCACGCCACUAAGAAGGGCCCGAGGACCCCCGUGUCGAGCCAGCCCCAGUCCCCCGCAGACAGGACCUCCAAGAGGAGCACAGCGCCCCCCAAGCCCAGCAGGGAUAGAGAUGUGAAGGGGAAGGAUGACCCCUCAGUGCAACGAGACAAGAGGAAAGUACCAGCAUCUGGACAGGGCAAAGAGAAGGAGCGAGUAACUGCCCCGACUGCCUCUACACUGACAUCUCUAAACCUGCCCCCGAACAUCCUCGAGCACUUAGCUGGAGUAGACAGGUAAUCAGAACAUAAUAAAGAGCUUUUAUGAUAAGAGAACUCAUUAAUUUUUUCACUCUCAUACAUGCCUCCCCCUGUCUUUCCAUAGCCUAACUUCUCAUCUUAUUUUACUCCCCUGUGCAGCUUGAAGGACGUCUUACCAUCGCUCUCAGGGAAGAAGCCAGCAGAGCGUCAGAAGGCCCGUCACCUCCUGAGCGACCUGCCCCUUCCUCCAGAGCUACCCACAGGUGCCUCCUCCCCUCACAGCCCAUACGACGAGAAGAAGACCACCACGCUUCGCCGCCGGCCCAAGUAUGUCUGGGCCCCGUGACUUUCCAUGUCUCACCCUACCACUUCAAUGGCCUAUGCUCCUCAAUAAUCUCUACUGCCUGGUGUUGAGAACCACCCUUGACCUAAUCUCUUGUUGGUUUGUUUGUCUUUCUCCCAGGAUCUGCGGCCCACGUUUUGGGGAGAUUAAGGAGACUGAGAUCGACUGGGGGAAACGGUGCGUGGACAAGUUUGAGAUCAUCGGCAUCACAGGAGAAGGCACCUACGGCCAGGUGUACAAGGCAAAAGACAAAGAUACAGGUGAGGACUACUAAAUGCUUACGAUGAAGAUCAUAGGGUGUAGCCCAUUUCCCUGAUAGUUCAUAUUCAAAUUAUUAUUUUAAACCAUCAAACAGAAAAAUCUGUUUGGCAAACUCAAACUCACUCUUAACUCCAAAUGUAAGUAUUUCUAUGCCCAGGGUAACUAUUAUGUAUGAAAAAGUAUCUACUAAUAUCCUCUGUCCUUUAUCUCUAUCCCCAUGGUGUAGCUGAGAUGGUGGCCUUAAAGAAGGUGCGUCUGGACAACGAGAAGGAGGGCUUCCCUAUCACCGCCAUCAGGGAGAUCAAGAUCCUCCGCCAGCUCAACCACAAGAGCAUCAUCAACAUGAAGGAGAUAGUCACUGACAAGGAGGACGCCCUGGACUUCAAGAACGACAAAGGUCCAAAUGACAAACCCACUGAAUUAUCAUGUUUGCAUCCCAAAUGGCACUCCAUUCCCUACAUAGUCCACUACUUUUGACCAGAGCCCUAUGGCAGGGGUUCUAAAACUUUUUAGGGCCGGGGACCCCUUUUGUCAUAGCAAAUUCAUCAGGGACCACCUCAUAAUCAGAACACAACUUGAGUGAGAUAAAAAUAGCAUACAAGGAGUUUUAUGACUUCGGCAGUGCAAUGGCAAAUGAACCAAGUCUCGGGCCCUGGGAAGGAACAUUUUAAAGACACGCCUCUUGGCAUUGGAGAGAGAAUUUUGCAGUUGUUCAAGCUAAUUUCCUGCAAUUCUACACAUUUUAUCAAGGGAAAGAGAUGUUUUGUAGUUGCAUCUUUAAAGCGAAUCUCCUGCAAUUCUACACAUUUUGCAGUGAGGCAGAGGGAACAUUUAGCUGUUUUAAAGCUUAAAUUACAAUGCAUUUUGUUUUUUUAAACAUUUUGGGGGAAUACAAGAUGGCCUAUUGAGUUUAACAUUUUAUAAUAGGUUGACAAAAAUUUAAAAUAUCCCUGUGAGCCUCCUAGGCCCAUGUUGCCCAGGGUUAAGAAAACAAAUUGUGGAUUAAUAAUAUCACAUUGAAUUGUAUUACACACCCUAAACUUAUCCCAUGGAUCUCUUGGCAAAAAUUAGUGUAAUCUGUUGUUAGUAAUAUUAAUAAAAAAUAAACAUGUACAAAAAUAUAUUUUUUUGAGAUCUGGCUGCGGACCCAAUGCAGUACCCCACUUUGAGAACCUCUGUUCCGUUCUGAAGGAUCCAUCCUCCUUUUACAGGUGCGUUCUACCUGGUGUUUGAGUACAUGGACCACGACCUGAUGGGGCUGCUGGAGUCGGGCCUGGUCCACUUCAACGAGAGCCACAUCAAGUCCUUCAUGAGGCAGCUGCUGGAGGGCCUCGACUACUGCCACAAGAAGAACUUCCUGCACAGGGACAUCAAGUGCUCCAACAUCUUGCUCAACAACAAGUGCGUGCUCCUCAGGAUAGCUGGCCUGUUGGUCCCAGAUCUGUCAAUGCUGUCUUGUCAACUCCUAUGGUCAUUAUAACGCCAAAGCACAAGCAGAUCUGGGACCAGGCUACAGGAUAGUCAAAGAAAGAAAAACAAUUUAUAUCCGCUGCGGUAUCAGUAGCAGUGUCUGACAGAAUGGGGUUGGAUGUCACGUUAAUGCUGUGUUCUGUUCUCUAUGCCAGGGGUCAAAUAAAGCUGGCAGAUUUUGGACUGGCUCGACUUUAUAACUCUGAGGAGAGGUAAGUGUCCCGAUAUGGUUUACAGUCAAUUGCUGCCAAUAGUUAUUGGCUUUUCAGAUGUAUUACUUUAUCUAUGACUGUUUUGCUUCAUCAAGCAUAUUGGUUUCAGGUGUGUUUUGUUGUGGAUGAUGAUAUUAUUGAUACUUAUGCAUUUUUCUGUCCCUGUCGUGUAGCCGACCGUACACCAACAAGGUGAUCACCCUGUGGUACAGACCCCCAGAGCUUUUACUGGGGGAGGAGAGGUACACACCUGCCAUUGAUGUGUGGAGCUGCGGGUAAGAGACACACCUACAUUUAGUUGAUUAGGUGUGGUGUUUCACUGGCUGAGAUUCAUGAUUCUUGAACUGAGGACAGAUGGUGGUCAUGGUUCUAUAAAGAGGAUCAUGCAUUCACCCUGUUUUUGUCUUAAAUCAGGUGCAUUCUGGGGGAGCUGUUCACAAAGAAGCCCAUUUUCCAAGCCAAUCAGGAGCUUGCCCAGUUGGAGCUGAUCAGGUACGUUGUAGUCUGAGGAGAAGGGUACUAUAAAUCCGUAAAUAUCUUCUCCUCAGUAUCCAUUUUAACUGUCAAAGACCUUCAGCUAUCUCGUUUGACAGUCUUCUUGUUAGGGCACGAUAUUGAACUCUAGCCCAAACUGAUGCCUUCUUUGGCUGUUCUCCCUUCCAGUCGUAUCUGUGGCAGCCCCUGCCCCGCUGUGUGGCCAGACGUCAUCAAGCUGCCCUACUUCAACACCAUGAAACCAAAGAAACAGUACCGGCGGCGGUUGCGAGAAGAGUUUGCUUUGUGAGUUGAUCUGCUUGUUUGAAUUCAGUAAUUGUGCUCAUCAUUGGUGUUUGAAAAGAAUACAUAACCACUUCGUCUUUCUCUUUGGUCAGUAUUCCACCCUCUGCCCUGGACCUGUUUGACCACAUGCUGGCGCUGGACCCAAGUAAGCGCUGCGCGGCCGAGGCGGCGCUAAGCAGUGAGUUCCUCAAAGAUGUGGACCCAACCAAGAUGCCCCCACCAGAGUAUGUUUGGCCAAAGGCAUAUUACUUCAUUGUGUCUGUGAUUCAUUACUGUAGAAUCUAAUUUUUAUGAUGACCCACCCUUUGAUCUCCUUAUUACCAUUUUGCCUCCUGUCCUCCUUCCCAUCUCGCUCCUCCAGUCUCCCCCUGUGGCAGGACUGCCACGAGUUGUGGAGUAAGAAGCGGCGGAGGCAGAAGCAGAUGCCAGAGGAGCUGUCAGCCCCCAAGGCUCCCCGUAAGGAGCUGGGGCUGGGAGACGACAGUCGUAGCAACACCCCCCAGGGCUUCCCUCCGCCUGGGGGGCUCAAAGCCCAGCCUGUGGCUGCCUCAGCCCUACUGGGUGAGUUAAUGGGCCUUUAGUCUAGUACCGCAAAGCCACCCCUCCCUAAUGCCUUAUCAGUUACACUCUCUCACUUUAAUGGCUUAUAUUGCAACGACUAAAAACAACUUGGAGUGAAUUAAGAGGUACUUUUGAGUAAAUUGCUUAAAAUAUAUAUUUUCUUUGUCUCCCGUAGACCCAAAAGCUCCCAACUCCCAGCUGACCCAGGAACAGCUGGCGGUCCUCCUCAACCUGCUCGGCCAGUCCAAGAGCGCUGUCAACCCGGCCCAGAUUGCCAAGGUCAACCCAGAGACUCUCCAGCAGCUCUCCAAGGUCCUGCCACCAGAACCCUCUGACUCCGACCGGCCCCCGGAGCCACCCCCUUCACUCAAGCCCCACAAGCUCCCUCAGUCGGGUGGAGUACCCCGCACGCCCCCCAUGCCCAAGCCCCCAUCGCCGCCUCCCUCGUCGGCAUCGCAGGGGAAGCCUGAUGGGGAGGCCUCAGCAGCCACCCAGACGGCAGUCACCAUGCUGCUGGCCCAGCUCCUCCAGGCCCAGCAGAGGCAGGAAGCUGGCGAUGCAGACGGCACAAACGCACCAGCAGGAGGACCUCCGCCACCCUCUGAGCCCAAGCAGCCCCCAGAGCCAAUCCCUGUCUCGCCAGGUAACUACUCGUAUAGAGAAUAUUGUGAUGUAUUUAUAACCUCAUUUUUGCUAGCAGAAAUUGUGUAUAGACUUGUAUUCCACUGCUGUGACCAUCCAGUAGGCUUAUCUGUCUCAAAUUCUGUACACAAUUGUAAUGUUGGAUAUCCCUAUGGUAGAAUACGAACUUGCAAAGUAGGACUAGAACUAUCUCUUUGCUUUGAACUAACAUCAUGUCUUGUGUUUUCCCCCUUAGUGUCCAAGGGGAGCGGAGUUUCCUCCAGACCCAUCCUCCCCCCCGACCAGAGACCCCCUGAACCACCCGAGCCUCCUCCCCGCUGCGAGGAUUUGGACUACCGGCAGAAGAUGGCGCCCAAGACGGGCCACCUGCCGCCUAUGCCAACCUCAGGUGGAGCUGGCGAGGGAGGAAGGCUGCCGGAGCCAGACUACCAACCCCACCCCGGCACAGAAGGACCCGGCUAUGGCGGUGACUACAGCCGCCCACCCCCUCCACCCUUCCCUCCUGCAGGUUUUGGAGACUGCUACAUGGGCCACAUGCUGGGGGGUGGCCUGCCCCCCCACAACCUGAGGGAGGUGUUCAGCAGCAGCACUCAGGCCCCGGGCUCGUCCUCGGCUGCCGGGUCCCUGGCCACCUCGCUCCAGGAGCCCUUCCCUUCAGGCAGAGGUGGAGGUGUUAGCAGCAUGGUGUUCAGUGGCGACAAAGACCACCGCUUUGAGUACAAUCACAGCCCCUCCUUGCCUUUGGAAGGGCAACCCAACCCCACCAGCAUCCACCUCUACAACCAUGCCACCCCUCCCCCACCCAUCCCUCCUCCGGGCCAGUCCUGGAGCUCCCCUUCCCAGGCCGGGGCCCCACCUAUGCCCCUUGGCUUCAACCCACAUGUGAACUCAGCAGCCAUCCGAGGACGACACCUCCCCUUCUGAUUGGCUGUGGCAUAGUGAAUAGGCGGGGUGUGAUGAUGGAUACACCUCAGACUUGUGGACUCAAAAGAAACUGAGCCCAAACCCUAACAGGCUAGACAAGAGGGAUCUGGAAAUGCACACUUGAUUUGUAAUAAAAAUAUAUAUAAGAAAUCUGUGUAAAGCAUUGUAUUCCUCCUGUAUCUGGAAUGUGGGGUACGUUGCAGAAGGGGGGGGGGGGGUUGUAUAGAGGGGGCUUUUUUUGCUCAUACCGUUUCAUAUCGUUUUUGUUUUUUAU